CUAUCAGUAUUAUUUUGGGAGUGGAAACUGAAAGGAGCGGAAGGCAAGACUUUGCAAUUCCUACCAUCCGUUCCAUCUCUCUUCCCGGCAAUGAGGCAUGAAAAGCUUUCUCUCCUACAAAAAACACACAUUCAUUUUCCAUCUUUUCCUUCUACAUUUCUUCUACAUUUCCGCUGUGGAAACGGGAAGGCACAGUGGAGGUCAGGAAUUCGAGAUUCCGACCUUCCGUUUCCUCGUUCGUUUCUGCAGACACAACAACACCCAUUUUGAUGUGGGUUAGACAAUGUCAAUCCAAAUGCAAAACCCAUCAUCAAUUUCCAAUCUCAACAAUCCCGAUUCAAAUUCAAAUUCAAAUUCAAUCUCCUCUCAACACGAUUCCAAUUACCCAUCACCAGCAGCAGCUGAAACUGAAGCCCCAUUCACAAUGCACAACAAUGCGAACCACUACCGGCGGGCCUUUUCCUCCGACGACUUUUACCGGAUCCUCGACGACGACAUGGGUGGUUUCUCCGGCGACCCAUUUGGCGAUUGGUCCACGCAGAGCGUCGAAGGGGUCUCCGGCGGCUCCGUUGGCGGUAGAGGAAAUUUGGGUUGUGUGGAAGAGAAGCGAGUUGUGACUCGGCACCGGAAUAGCAAUUCGGUGGAUGGGUCGUCUAGAACAGCACAGAGCUUGUUUGGUGAAAUGAAGGAGUCCAAGAAGGCCAUUCCUCCUCAACAGUUGGCUCAGCUCUGGGCCCUCGAUCCCAAGCGCGCAAAGAGGAUUUUAGCAAAUCGGCAAUCUGCUGCCCGCUCAAAAGAGAGGAAGGCUCGCUAUAUAUCAGAACUUGAACGAAAAGUUCAGAUGGUUCAAGAAGAAGCGGCCACUCAUUGUUCACAACUCACACUAUUCAAGAGAGAGACAAUGACUCUGGCUUCUGAAAACACAAAACUUAAACUUCGGUUACAAGCUAUGGAGCAACAAGUUAAGAUGCGUGAUGCUAUGAAUGAAGCACUGAUGCAAGAGGUUGAGAGGCUCAAGAUUUCCACUGGAGCAAACCCCUCAGAAUCAUUGAACCCAGGAAUGUCUGUGUCUUACAGCCAAUCACCCUCCCCAUCGACCUUUUUUUCUCUUCCACAGCAGCCACUAACUUCUGUGUCCCAGUUGACAACAUCACACGACGAUCAGCCUGCUGUGCCUUUCUACCUGCAUCCAGAAAUCUCCCAGCAUCUUGACUUUUCACAGGACGAUUCGCUAGGCUGCUUACAGGGGUUCGAUAUCAGCAACAUACGUUCUAAUUUGUUGGAAAUUGAAGGUUAACUUUCGGUUGGUGAAAUGCCAUACUUGGUGGGCGUCAAUCCUCGAUUGUUUUGUUCUGAUGAUUUCCUUCAAGAAAGGGGGAUUUCUUUUAAGUUUUGUUGGCAAUGCUGACGAGCUCUGUCCCAUUCAGCAUGGAAUUUUGUUUUUCUGGGGUGCAAAGCAUGAGAUAAGAGGUCAUUUACCAAUGCCAUUAUCCAUGUAUCUUUUUUUUAUGCCUUGUGAACUUUUUUUCCAUUUGAUUUGGACCAGAGUUUAUUGAUUACAAAGCUAUGUACAGUCAAUCCAAUUUCAAGAACUACCCCUAAACAGACUUUUCAUAAGAGUUGA